AUGUUCUCAUCGUCGAAUUCCUUCGUCGGUGGUGGUGGUCCUGGCCGUCCAGGCCAGGCACCAUUCAUGCCGCAACAGCAGCAGCCCUCAUACUCGCAAUUCCCUCAGGGUCAACAGCAGCCCCCAAUGCAGCAGCCACAGCCCACGGGAUUUGCGCCCCAGCCUACUGGCUUCGCCGGACAGCCUUCGCCGUUCGGUAACGCGCAGCUCCAACCCCAGGGCACCGGAUUCCCCGCGGGACAGCUCCAGCCGCAGUUCACCGGUUUCCCUGGUCAACAACCACAGCAUCAGCAGGCCCAGAUGCAACAGCAACAGCAACCGAGCUUCCAGCAGCCUCAAUAUACCGGAUACCCUCCCCAGAACCAGUCGCAGCCGCAAGCCCCACAACUGCAGGUGUCGCAACCCACUGGCCUCCCUUCUCGAUUCAAGACCUCGUCUGAGAUUGCGAACUCCUUCCAGACUGAUGGUGCCUCGGGGCCUCCUCCGCAGGUGCCUCCUAAGACCGGCUCUAAGAUCCCGAGUAUCCGACUCUCGUUCAUUACUGCUCAGGACCAGGCCAAGUUCGAGCAGCUUUUCAAGUCCGCGGUCGGCGAUAGCAAGACAAUGGAAGGCGACAAAGCACGGGACAUUCUAAUGCGCUCGAAACUCCCCGGAAGCGAUCUUUCUAAGAUUUGGGUGCUGUCAGAUUCCACCAAAUCGGGACAGCUGUUCUUCCCUGAAUUCGCGUUGGCCAUGUACCUUUGUAAUCUGCGCAUGACCGGACGUGAGAUGCCCGCCGCUUUGCCGGAGAAAAUUAAGAAUGAGGUUUCUAGCAUGGUCGAUAUUAUUUCCUUUGAUGUCCCCGACACUCAGCCCGCGCCAGCCCCGCGCACAAAUGUGCCCAGUUUUGAUCAGCCGCUCUUGGAGAACAAGUCCGCCCCUCCGGUAGUCCAACAGCCUCAGCCUCAGCAGGCUAGCAACCAGCAGCUCCUGUCGCAACUGACUGCUCAGCCCACCGGAUUCUUCCCUCAGCAGACCGGCAUGCCGCAACAGCCCCAGCAGACCGGUUUCUCCGGACAGAACCAGCCGCAAUUCCUUCAGGCUCAGCAAACCGGAUUCUUGACCAACCCGCAGGCUACGGGGUACAGCGGUCCUCGACCACCGAUGCCACCUAUGCCAACUGGCUUUGGCUCGAACCUCAGCCCUGCGCAGAAUGGUGGAUUGGUAGCGCAGCCUACGGGCUUGACUGCUCAACCUACCGGCAUUCCCGGCCAGUGGGGCUUCAUCAAUACACCCGCGCAGGGAUUGCCAAACAUUGAAGCCAUGAAACAGCAGCUCAUGCCUCAGCCUGGUCGCGAGGGUGGUUUCACCACUGCCAACCUGUCUGGUAAUGCCACCGUUGCUUGGGCUAUCACAAAGGAGGAGAAGAAGAUUUAUGAUGAUCUCUUCCGUGCGUGGGACGGACUUCGCAAGGGCUUCGUUGGUGGUGAGACGGCCAUUGAGAUCAUGGGUCAGAGUGGGUUGAACCGCAAGGAUCUGGAGCGGAUCUGGACCCUGGCAGACCCGCACAACCGUGGUCGUCUCGACAUGGACGAGUUCGCCGUAGCUAUGCACUUGAUCUACCGUGCCUUGAACGGGUACCCUGUUCCUAGCCGGCUCCCUCCUGAGCUCAUCCCUCCCUCCACAAGGCACUUGAACGACUCCAUCGGUACUGUCAAAUCCCUUUUGUCCCAAGACGCCGAGACUCGCAAGGCUACUGGUGCCUUCUUACAGCCCCAGAAGACCGGUGUCAGCUACCUCAAGGAUCACUCCUUCCGGGGCGGCGGUGGCGCCUCUCCUGGCUUCGGCCGUAAGGAUGCGACAGUGUUUAAGAACAAUGAUAACGCUGGUGGCUAUCGUUCUAGUGCGCGUCGUCGUGUUGGCCAAGAUGGUCGCACUCCUUCUCCUGCUCCCUCCUCCCAAACAUCCGAGGGCGAGGAGCUGACUGUGGAACAAUUGCAGAAGAAGAUCCGGGAGACCAAGAUUAUGCUCGAUGCUGUUGACUUCCAGGAUGAGAACCGUGCAGAGGACGAUGAUGCCCUCGAUCGCCAGGACCGCCGUGAGGCAGAGAGCCUCAUGGACCGGAUCCGCCGCGUUCAGGAUGACAUUGACACUCACCCCAACUCUGGAUUCCGAGGGCUGGAUAAUGGAGCGGAACGUCGAUCUCUUCGUCGCCAGCUGCAGUCUUAUGAAGAUCAGGUUCCCCAGGUUGCGUCUGAUGUUCGACGUGUCGAGCGGGAUAUUGCCGACGCGAAGCUUGAACUUUUCCGUCUCAAGGACGCCAAGGCGAACCCUGGCAGUGCUGCCAACAUUGUCGGCACCGGCCCUGGUGGUGCGAUCACCGAGGCAGACCGCAUUAAGGCUCGUGCUCGUGCGCGUAUGGAGGCUCGUGCUGCUGAACUUGCCGGCCGCCCUCCCCCUGCAAGCGCGGGUGAUGAUGGCCAGGCUGCUCGCCGGCUGGAGGCCGAGAGUAGCAACGUGAAGGCCGAAAGGGAGCGCAACGAAUCCAUGACUCGUGAUGUCGAGGAUAGUGUUCGUGACUUCGCCAAGAGUCUGGAAGACAGCCUCCGUGAUCAAGGCGAGAACUCUACCCGCGAGCAUGAGAAGCGUCGGUGGGAGGAUGCCCUGGGCGUUGAAGACAUCAUCCGUGACUUCAUUUAUGAUCUCAGCCGCAACAAUCGGACCGCGCACAUUCGCAAGGAAGAGUAUGAUUCACCUUUUCAUUCACAUUUUCGAACUGGACUAAUGAAAGAUAGGCGUGAACGGUCUGCCGUGGACCAGCGUUCUCAGUAUAGCUCUCCCGCCGCCGAGUCUCCUGCGGCCCGUCCAGCUAUGCCCUCUUCCACUGGUUCUUCGGGCUCUAUGCCUGGGAACACGCACGAGGACCGCGUGGCCGCUGCAAGAGAGCGUGCUCAGAAGCGUAUUGCUGAACGGAUGGCAGCUGCUGGUCUGAAGCCCAGUGAUUCUUCCGAGUCCUUGUCGCAGCGCCAAGAGCGGGAGAGGCGAGAGCGGGAGGAGCGCGUCAAGCGCGCUGAGGAGGAAGAUGCUAAGCGCGAGGCGGAGCGACAGCGCCGUCUGGCCGAAGAGCGUGGUGGCCCUGCUCCCGCCCCCGCCGCCCCCAAAGCUGCUGGCAAGAAGCCGCCUCCUGCGCCUCCGACUCGCAGGGCCCGGACCGAUAGUGCUGACCAGGCCGAUGCGAAGAAGGCGGACGAGGCUGCCAGGGAGCAAGCUGUCCGCGAGCAGGCUAUCAAGGAAGAGCAGGAGGUACAGGAGGCUGAGACCAAGCGUCUUGAGGAUGAGGCCAAGCAACGUGAAGAGGAGUAUCAGAAGCAGAAGGAGGCUCAAGAUGCCAAACUUCGUGCCCUCGAGGAACAGGUCCGACAAGGGAAGGUUAAGAAGCAGGAGGAAAAGCGCCGCCGAGAGGAAGCUUCUCGCCAGGCCAAGGAGCAGGAAGCCAGACUGGAGGCCCAGCGUGCUGAACUCGAGGCCGCCAAAGAGCGUGAACGUCAGCUGCAGCGCGAGCUGGAAGGUAUGGAUGAAGAGUCUUCGGAUGACGAGGGCCCCGUCAGCAUCACUCCUCAGGAUAGCACUCCUACUCAGAGCCAGGUUCUAUCUGCUCCCCCUGUUCCUACUAUUGCUGUUCCCAAGCCUCCUGUGCCCGUUUCCGCCCCGGAGCCCUCGCAGGUUGCCAGCCCCGAGUCCUUCCCAGCGACUACACCUGACGCUGAGUCAAAAAACCCCUACUUCAAGUCUCUGGGCCAGCAGGCUUCGGAGUCCUCGCAGGCGACCUCGCCGUUAGCUGCGCCGUCCACCAACCCCUUCCACCGCCUCGCUCAGCAGGAAAAGCAAGAGCCCGUCAAGCCCACCUUCACCGGAGCCGGCCCCUUGGAGCGCAAGACCCGUGCCCGGCCUGAAGAUGAUGAUGACUGGUCUGUCGCUGGUUCUGAAUUUGACUCAUCCGAUGACGAAGAUGACCAUCCCGGCGGUGGCAGCGCCAAGCAGCUUGCCAGCAUCUUGUUCGGCACCAUGGCUCCUCCACGGCCCCUGAGCGCCAUGGACGAGGACAAGUCCGCCACCCCGGUGCAAGACAGCCCCGUCGCUCCUCCUCCGCCCCCUCCACCUGUGGCUGUUUCUCCUCCCGCUGCCGAAGAAACCUUUUCUCCCGCCCCUCCCGCUGGAAUCCCUCCCCCCCCCACCACCACCUCCUCCUCCUCCAGGAGCUCCAGCUGCCGCCGCGCCUCCUCCUCCCCCUCCUCCUGCAGGCGGAGCCCCUAUGGCACCACCUCCACCUCCUCCCCUCGGAGCGCCCGCUGCUCCUCCUCCGCCCCCUCCCGCAGCUGCGGGCGGCGCUGGAGGUGA